AUGAGGCUUAACAGUGGACUGUUUAGAGACAGUUGCAUUAAAGAGCAGCAGUUCGCCAUUAGUUUCCCAGCACACUGGGGCGUGGGCGUCGGGGGUGUGGCACGGGGCGUGGGGGUCCCCGUGCCACCCCCCGGCGACCUACUCGCCACGAUAUCCAUGUUCGAACAACAAAUCAAAGCAGAACCUAUGAGUUUCUACACACAUCCGCAUGUAAACACCGGCCCCCCAACAAUAGUUCGUUCAGACUCAAACCAUGGGAUUAUAAAUAUGAACCAACACCACCCACAAGAAGACUCAAAGGAUAGCCUCAUACAGCAACAAGUACAACACCAGGAGUUGAUGGAACAGCAUCAACAUGAUUUACAUGAUGAUGAGGUUGACAAUCUUAGCUUCAAGGGAAUGGAAGAUGAAGGGGUGGAGAUGGAUAUGGAUGGUCGACAGUGUUCUCAGGGCAUGGGCGUCGAUAUGGGUUCGGUUCAAACUAAAAUGGAAGUUUCAAAUGGUGGUCAAGGAAUGCCAAGGUCCAAACCGCAAGCCUGUAAGGUCUGCGGUAAAGUUCUUUCAUCUGCUUCUUCAUACUAUGUUCACAUGAAGCUACAUUCAGGAAAUAAACCCUUUCAAUGCACGGUGUGCGACGCGGCUUUCUGUCGUAAGCCGUACCUCGAGGUGCAUAUGCGCACACACACUGGGGAACGACCGUUCCAGUGCGACCUAUGCCUCAAACGAUUCACGCAGAAAUCCAGUCUCAACACGCACAAGCGCGUCCAUACCGAUGAGCACAUGCGGGCAUUGAUGGUGAAGGACCGGCCCUACAAGUGUGAGCUCUGUCAGAUGCGCUUCACGCAGAGUUCCAGCCUCAACAGACACAAGAAAAUACAUACGGAGGAGCACAGACGAGCCCUGUUAGAGAAAGUGCGGCCGUACCAGUGCCACAUCUGUUUUAUGCGCUUCACUCAGAAGUCCAGCCUGGGCCGACACGGAAAAAUACACACCGAGGAGCACAUCCAAUCGCUGAUCAACAAAGUGCGUCCCUAUCAAUGCGACAUCUGUGACAAGAGGUUCACUCAGAAGUCCAGCCUUGGCACUCAUAAACGUAUACACACUGUCCAGGGCAGACCGUUCCAGUGCCUGUCGUGUCCCGCCGCCUUCACCUGCAAGCAAUACCUGGAGAUACACACGCGCACGCACACCGGCGAGCGGCCCUAUCAGUGCGACAUCUGCCUGAAGCGCUUCACGCAGAAGUCCAGCCUCAACAUCCACAAGCGGACGCACUCAGUGCAGGGCCGGCCCUUCCAGUGCCUGCAGUGCCCCGCCGCCUUCACCUGCAAGCAGUACCUCGAGAUCCACAACCGCACGCACACCGGCGAGCGCCCCUACCAGUGCGACGUCUGCCUCAAGAGAUUCGCGCAAAAGUCUACUCUCAACAUACACAAACGAACGCACACAGUGCAAGGGCGGCCGUAUCAGUGCAUGGAGUGCCCGGCGGCGUUCACUUGCAAGCCCUACCUGGAAAUACACAUGCGCACGCACACUGGCGAGCGGCCCUUCGAGUGCGAUGUCUGUUACAAACGCUUCACGCAGAAAUCUACACUGAACAUUCACAAGCGCAUUCAUACCGGGGAACGUCCAUACGCAUGUGAUAUUUGCCAAAAACGUUUUGCCGUGAAGAGUUACGUAACAGCACAUAGGUGGUCGCACGUGGCCGACAAGCCGCUGAACUGCGAGCGCUGCUCCAUGACGUUCACGUCCAAGUCGCAGUUCGCGCUGCACAUCCGCACGCACGCCAGCGGCCCGUGCUACGAGUGCAGCGUCUGCGGCCGCACCUUCGUGCGCGACAGCUACCUCAUCCGGCACCACAACCGCGUGCACCGCGAGAACCACAGCAACGUGUCCGCAAACAGCAUCGGUACCAUCAACAGUGUGGCCACCAACACUAAUUCCAACAACGGCAACUACGACUCGCCCGGCGUCUGUGACUUGAGUUUCGUGCCAAUGGUGAAUCGUUACAUGACGUCUCAAGGCACACAAGUGUCAAUGCAGGACACGCAAAGUAAAAUGUCCGCUAUGUCGCCACAGUCCAUCGCCUCAAUUUGUAAGUUUUGUUCUAGUAUACGGAGUUAAAUCUUAUUUAUUUAAAAAA